UUGGGUAUUCACGUCUGCGUAUCUCUUGCAUGGAGGCGGGGCUAUAGAAAAUUCGAGAUAGUGCUGAGCACUCUAAGAUAUUUUCAAGCAUCGGCUCUGUUAUCUUUGAUGACCUCUGUUCCUGUUUCAAAUACUGAAGGGGAGGACGGUUUGAUUCAAUGUUACAACAAGGGAUGUGGUCAGAAGUUUGACCCAUUCGGCAACGGCGAAGAUACCACCCCGGACCCCCCUACUUCCACGAUGCUUAUAAAAUCUGGAACUGCUGUAACAAGAAAAGUACUGACUUCGGUAGCCGCAGUAAAAGAAAUAAGACCAGAGAAAGAAGAAGAUGUUAUAGUUUGGAAAGGAUUGAAUAAGCCGGCGGAGCGUAUUGCUGAGCAUGAGAGAGUAGAGAAACAGUUAGAAGUAGAAGUUUCGGCUAGUGCAGUUCAGGCAUUGCAAAGAUACAAAGAACAGAAUGCUAGUACUCUAGGUAGUCAAGUUUUAAAAGUAGGAGCACCUUGUAGACAUAUGUCCUGCACGCAGAAGUACUCGGGUAACGAUUCUGAUCUCAACCAGUGCGUGUACCAUCCAGGAGAAGCUAUUUUCCAUGAAGGCAUGAAGUACUGGUCUUGUUGCCAGAAGAAAACUUCUAACUUUGGUGCUUUCCUGGAACAGAAGGGUUGUGAAACAGGUGAACAUGUCUGGAGUAUGGAAGAGAAGGUAGAGAAAAUAAAAGAAGAUUGGUUCUCAAGUGCAGGUGUUGUCACAGUGAACAUUUAUUCGAAGGGUACAAUACCUGAGGAGUCUAGCAUUAGUUCCGAUGGGCAAGUGCUGCGUGUUCACUUGAAACAUGGCUUUGGUCUGAAAGAAACUGACUUACUUUAUGAGCUGUGGGGUAGAGUUAACGUUGAGAACAGCAAAGCCAUUAUUGGGGAGCGGAAGGUAGAAAUAAAGCUCAAGCAAGAAGGUGUAGCUGGAUGGCCACGUCUGCGCUAUGAUCCAGCCAUUGAUUCUGUGAAUACAGCAGCUUAA